CUGGAAGUGAAGCUGAUGCUGUACACCAGGCAGAAUGAAGACUGCGCCGAAGAGCUCAAUUCUACAGCCUCCAAGUAUCUAGAUCUGAGCAAGAAAACCACCUUCAUUAUCCACGGGUACCGGCCCACAGGCUCUGCCCCGGUCUGGAUCACUGACCUGGUGCAUCUCCUGCUUUCUGUAGAGGACAUGAACGUCAUCGUGGUGGACUGGAACCGGGGGGCAACUACUAUCAUCUACAGCAACGCUUCCAGCAAUGGCAAGAAAGUUGCUGAGAUUCUGAAGAAAUUUAUGGAUGAAAUGUUGAUGAACGGCGCGUCGCUUGACUCCAUUCACAUGAUAGGAGUAAGCCUGGGAGCACACAUCUCCGGCCUCGUGGGACAGAUGUUUGAUGGGCAGCUGGGAAGGAUCACAGGGCUCGACCCAGCGGGCCCCCUGUACAGAGGAAAGCCACCCAGUGAGAGGUUGGACCCCAGUGACGCACAGUUUGUUGAUGUCAUCCACUCGGACACCGAUGGACUGGGCUACGCAGACACCCUCGGCCACAUUGACUUCUACCCCAAUGGUGGCACCGACCAGCCAGGCUGCCCUCUGACAGUAUUUGCUGGAUUGAAGUACUUUAAAUGUGACCACCAGAGGUCUGUUUUCCUGUUCAUGGCAUCCCUGAAAAAGAGCUGCAAUAUCACCACGUACCCAUGUGAGUCAUACAGGAGCUACAGGAGGGGGAAAUGUACCAGCUGCGAAACCUUCCAACCCAUGCCAUGCCCCAUCCUAGGCUAUUACGCCCACGAGUGGAAAAGCCAUUUAACAGAGCAGAGCCACCCAGUGACAACCAUGUAUUUUGAUACCGCGGACCAAGAGCCGUUUUGCUUAUACCACUACUUUGUGGACAUCGUCACGUGGAACAAAGGCACCAGGAGAGGCACGCUCAGCGUGGUGUUAGCUGAUGGCACUGGGAAGAAGGCAGAAUCCAAAGUUAACCCCGAAGCUGCAGCCUUCCAGCAGUACAACCACCUCAGUUUGCUCGUUGGAUUCAACCAGGAUUUUGAAAACGUAAAAAGGAUUUCUGUGACGUUUUCCACAGGAUCCGUCAUUGGCCCCAAAUUCAAACUCAGGAUUCUCCAAAUGAGGUUCCGCUCACUCACAAACCCAGAGAGGCCGCCGCUGUGCCGGUACGACGUGGUGCUGACGGAGAACGCGGAGCGCAGCUUCAGACCCAUCCCUUGCGGCGAGCGGCGGGGAGGAGCAGCACCAACAGCACCAACAGCAGCGGCGGCAGCGGCGGCAGCGGGCGGCUGA